AUGGCGAUCUGUACUUAUAACGCACGUACGCUUGCAUCGGAAGCGGCCAUCGAAGAUCUGAUGAUGCAAGCCAAGAAGAUCAAGUACGACGUCAUCGGACUGACCGAGACGAGACGACGUCACCCUCUCAACGCCGUAUAUGAAACUGGAGAAGAACUGUUCUUAGGAACAUGCGACAGUAGAGGUGUUGGUGGAGUUGGCGUCCUCGUCAACACGAGUAUGGCAAAGAAGAUCGACCCUUUUGAACAACUUACGACCCGAAUCGGACGUCUGCGGAUGAGAAGAUGUGGCCCAAUACCAGCUUUGACUAUCUUCGUCGUUUACGCUCCAACAUCAAGCUACGAAGAAGAAGUCGAAGCUUUCUAUAUGGACCUGGAGAAGUUCUACCAAGAAGAUCAUGCCUUCUGCAAGGUCAUAAUUGGCGAUUUCAACGCUAAGGUUGGCCCAAGAAGAACGCCGGAGGAACUUCACAUCGGGACCCACGGCCUACAAUGGAAUGACCAGGGAGAGAGGCUCUCCGAGUUCAUCAUGACGACUAAGACCAUCCAUGGGAACUCGCAAUUUCAGAAGCCCUCUUCUUUACGCUGGACGUGGGAGUCACCCGGUGGAGGGUACCGUAAUGAAAUAGACCACAUCAUCGUCAAUAAAAGGUUCUGCCUGACGGACGUCGGUGUUGUACCAAAGUUCUAUAUGGGAUAG